AUGGACUCCCCUUACACACUGAAUCGGGGUCCCAAUACUGGUGAGGAGCAGCGCCUCGAUACUCAGCAUUAUAACAUGUGGAUGCCAGUGGCUAAACAUCUUCUGCCGCCUCACAUUUUUGGUCACCUGAUGGAGCUUGACCAUCCUCCCGCUAUAGCUGAUCUUGCCACUGGCACUGGUAUUUGGCUCAGAGAUCUUGCGACCAAAUUACCCAGCAAUGCACGUCUAGACGGCUACGAUUACGACGCAUCAAAGUUCACUCAAGCUUCCCAGUUACCUGAUAAUGUUCGGCUUUUUCCAGGAGACAUACUGAAACCGUUUCAUGAGCAACUGAGAGAGCAGUAUGACGUGAUUCAUGUACGAAUGCUCCUACUUGGCCUCAAAGCCGACCAAUGGGCAGAAGCAGCCCGAAAUAUCAAGACGCUGCUGCGACCAGGAGGUUGGCUGGUGUGGGAGGACCUUGGACACUCAGGAAUUACAUGUGUGCCCAUUACAAAGGAAUUUACGCUGUGGAACAACGCUGAAUUACGAGCUCCAACGCGACUUCUGAGCCAAGUUCAAGAAUCUGGUUAUGUCGAUUGCCAUGAGAACGUCUAUCAUAGCUUUGGCUUGGCAGAAAACCUUCGUAAAAUCACUGGACAGUUGCUCAUGACCGGUGCGCGCCAGAUUUUGAAGGGUUUGCUCGAUAAGACUGAGUCCACAGUUAUUAACUCUCACGGCGAGGCAGAUGCGAUAGUUGACAAGAUAAUAAGCGAUAUCGAAACAGACCGUUGCGUUGUUGGAUUUUUCAUACAUGUCAUUACUGGUCAAAUAGAGACAAAAGGACGUGGGAAGAACUGA